AUGUCAAUUCAACUGAAGUGCUUUGCUCUUCGGAAGAAGCCCUCUAUCUCUGGUAAUCUUGAAUAUUUCAAGACCACCCUCUCCUCCUCAGCUUUCAUGCCAUUGUUGAUGAGAAAAGUGGAACAAGUACUUCCCAUGCAGAUAGAUGUCUCCAAAUCUUUCAAGAACACUUCUUCAAAGGUGUUGGACUUCUUGGUUUAUUCGAUGUUUGAAUUCGUCGAUCAAUCCCUGCUUCCAUCUCAGAGCAACUUUGGCCCGGUAGACGAGUUGGGAGGAGAAGUUGUUAUCACCAGCAGCAUCAGAGGGAAAAUCCCAGAUGAUUUUCCAGAGGGUGUCUACAUAAGAAAUGGACCAAACCCUCUAUUUGGAGGACUGAAAUCUACUAAAUCCAUCUUUGGAAGGUCAAGCCACAUAUGGAUAGAAGGAGAAGGCAUGCUUCAUGCUUCAUAUUUUAGUAAGGACGUCAGUGAUGGAAGCUGGACUGUCAGGUACAACAACAGACACGACGAAACUGAAACUUUCAAGCUAGAAAAACAGAGAAACAAGCCAUCUUUUCUCCCAGCUAUAGGAGGUGAUUCGCCGGCUAUUUUAUCUGCUUAUCUCCUCAAUUUGCUGAGGUUUGGCAAAGUGAACAAGUACUUGAGUAACACCAAUGUUUUUGAGCAUUCGGGGAAGUUCUACUCCAUUGCAGAAAACCACAUACCUCAAGAGAUUGACAUCAUCACAUUAGAAACUUUAGGAAAUUGGGAUGUCUCUGGAGCCUGGAACCGACCUUUUACCAGCCAUCCAAAGAGAGCUCCAGGCACAGGGGAGCUGGUCACACUGGGAAUCGACGCAGUUAAACCUUUCAUGGAGAUAGGAGUAGUUUCUGCUGAUGGAAAGGAAUUAAUUUAUAAAGUGGACCUCAAACUCGAUAGGUGCAGCCUUUGCCAAGAACUAGGGGUUACACAAAGGUACAAUGUGAUCAUGGAUUUUCCUCUAACUUUAGACAUAAACAGACUUGUCAAUGGAGGCCCCCAUUAGUAAAGUACAAUCAGGAAAGAUAUGCAAGAAUUGGUGUAAUGCCUCGCUUCGGUGAUGCAAGUUCAAUC